CGUCAGCGAGUGUGAACUUCAAUCGGGACUUCAAUUGCCCUUAAUUUAAGGGUAGUUUACUGUUUGAAUCUGGUACAACUGUGAAUUUUGAGAUACAGCCUCUCUUGCUUCUUUUCCAGAAUCUGCGUACUCUGUCACCAUGAGUUUUGGGGAACCGCUGACAGCUUUGUUGGUUGUUUUAUUGAGCGUCCUGCUUCUGGUGAGAUUCUUUCGGAACAACCAGCGGCAGAAAGGCAGGCUUCCCCCGGGUCCUCCUGCCCUCCCGAUCAUCGGCAACCUGUUCCAACUGGAUUUCAAAGCACCCCACAAAUCCCUCAUCAAGCUGAGUGAGCAGUAUGGCCCCGUGUUCACCUUCUGGUUCGGCAGCUGCCCUGCGGUGGUGGUGUGUGGUGCCGAAGCGAUGAGAGAGGCCCUGAUUGACCACGGGUAUGACUUCAGUGGCCGAUAUCUCAUACCCAUCUUGAAAAGAAUUGCAGAUGGCUAUGGAGUUGCUUUUAGCAGUGGCGAGAGAUGGAAGCAGCUUCGGAGAUUCACUCUCAGCACCUUGAGGAAUUUUGGAAUGGGGAAAAAGAGCAUUGAGGAGAGGAUUCAGGAGGAAGCCCAGUUCCUGGUCACAAGCUUCAGGAAUAAGAAAGGUGAACCUUUCAUCCCAAACUUUCUCCUGCGAGGUGCAACGUCAAACAUCAUCUGUUCCAUCACCUUUGGAAAACGAUUUGAUUAUGAAGAUAAACAACUUUUCUGGCUGAUGGAGCUGAUUGCAGAGAUUAUCGGCAGUUUGAGUAGCCCUUCGAUACAGUUGUACAACGCCUUCCCGAGGAUCAUGGAUUUCCUGCCUGGACCUCACCGAACGAUCUCCCAAAAUAUCACAAACUUGAGAAAUUUUCUGGCCAAAACUAUUCAAAGUCACAAAGAGACUAUCCAGAAAGACUCCCCCAGGGAUUACAUCGACUGCUUCCUCACGAAGAUGGAUGAGGAGAAAGAUGAGCUUAACUCCGAGUUUUUUCAUAAAAACUUGCUGGUGACGACACAGGACUUAUUUAUGGCUGGAACUGAAACAACCAGUACAACCCUGUGCUGGGCUCUUCAAAUCCUGGCAAAGUAUCCAGAAGUUCAAGAGAAGAUUCAUAAUGAGAUUGAUGAUGUGAUUGGUUCUCAUCGAAGACCUGCAAUUCAGGAUCGAGUGAAGAUGCCGUACACUGAUGCGGUCAUCUACGAGGUCCAGCGAUAUAUCGACAUCGCUCCCAUAAACCUACCACACAUGGCAACAAGUGAUGUGAACUUCCGAGGAUAUUUGAUACCCAAGGGCAUGCAUGUGAUCCCUGUCCUUUCGUCUGUUCUGAAAGACAACUGCCUCUGGGAGUCGCCUGAAUCAUUUAAUGCAAGCCAUUUCCUUGAUGAAAAUGGAUGUUUCAAAAAGAGUGAACAUUUCUUGGCAUUCUCAACAGGCAAAAGAGCGUGCCCAGGAGAAUCCUUGGCUCACAUGGAACUUUUCCUUUUUUUGACCACUCUCCUGCAGAACUUUAUCUUCAAGACUGUCAUCGAUCGAAAGGAUAUCGACACCUCACCAGAUUUAUGUGGAUUUCUGACUAUACCCCGUGUGUACAAAUUCUAUGCUAUCCCUUGCUAAAUCACCUGGAGCCUCUUGAAUUGUAGGAGGUGAUGUUAAAAACUUAUUUAGUUCCUUGUACUGUAUAUCUUUAACAUCUCAAAAUUUAGUGAUUUACCAUUUACUCAUUCUCACUUUAGUCCAACAUAUCAGUUCACAGCCACUUCAUGCCAAGGUGUGACAACCCUCCGGGUGGAGAAACAGCUUAUUUUCCAUCUGAGUAGCCUCCAACCUUCCCUUUCUCCCAUGGUCCAUUCUCCUCUUCUAUCAGAUUCCUUCCUCUCCAGACUAUCUUUUCUACACACCUGGCUUCACCUAUCACUUACUAGCUCUCCUCCUUC